AUGGUGACUGAGAGGGCCUGGGAGAGCGAGGCGGAUCCUUGCUCAGCCUUGGAGUCUCUUACUCAAGGGAGCUUCUGGAAUGUCUUAACAAAUGAGUCUGUUGAGGAGCAGGAAGGACAGCAUUACAAUGAAAAGUUUCUAAACAAUAACUACACGACAGUGUUUAGGACAAUAAUCAGUGAUAUGACUGCUCAAAGUGAAUUGGAAGAUGAUUUUGGCAAUUCCCUGAGUCGGCUGCUGGAAGGUGAAAACAGAAGGAAGCCAGGAGGCCUGUUCCAUCCAAUCAUUGAACUGAAUGCAAUUAUUCGAUCAUUGGCAGGUCAAAGGUCAAAGGAGCUGGCUGGUUGUUCAUUUCGUCUCUCAGAUGAACCAAAAUUCAAAGAGUAUGAGUAUGAAAUGGGAAAACAGUAUUCUACUUUUAAGAUGGGAUUAGAACUAGAUACAGAAUGGAUACAGAAGAGGACAAAGGUACAUCAAGGUGAUGGAAAAUUAAUUCUCUACCCCAAUGACCGUGUCUUCCAUGUUUUCUUUCCUGAUGGGACAGGCCAGAUCCAUUACCCAUCAGGAAAUCUGGCUAUGCUCAUCUUCUGCACAGAUGCUACAACAUUUACAUACAUUGUUCUGGAAGACAGGGCAGAAGUGAGAGUCCGGGCCCUCAUCAACAACUCUGGCCACGCAACGUUCUAUGAUGACAAUGGGGAUAUCUGGGCCAAUUCGGGCAUCAACCUGGGCUACUACUUCCCCAAAGACAAACAUCAGAAGGCCUGGAACUGGUGGAACCUGAGUAUCCAUGUCCACGCACCUCCUAUCAAGUGUAUCUCCCUGAAAAUCAACCAGCACAUCCAGGUAGAAAUAAAGAGCCAGGAUAAGAUCAUCUUCUGCUUCUUCCACAAAAAGAAGAAGAUUUAUUUAAACCUGGGUACCAGGUAUAAGUUCAUAAAUACUGAGACGUUGGAUAGUAUGAAGAGCAAAGCAGUCCUGGAGGUGGAACCUGGCCAGGCAGUUUGGAAACUCCAGGUCCUUCUGGGAAAAAUUAGUAGGAUGGUGAAAUUCCUGACCAUUCCUGAUUUGGAAAACUUCACAGAGAACGCCAAGACAUUGCUAAUGAAAAAGACAUCCAAAGUACAUGAAAUCUCAAGUCAUAUUUCAGAGGACCGGUCACCAUACUGUCCCAUGCCUUAUCGAGCACCUGCUGAGCGUCUAGGGAAGGUGAAGUCCUCCAGAGCUCCGGGGAAAACCCCAUAG